UGUUACGACUAUAAGAAUAUAAAUAUAUGAGAAUUGAAGUAGUUAUCAGUCAGAGCAAACAGCACUGAUUCUGACUGAUGAUGCAUGUGUCUUUGCGUUAACAUGUUUAUUGUUUACCUGACAUCACAGCUGUGGUUCAUUUUCCAUAUAACACAAGUGGAAUGAGCUGGACUGAUGUGCAGCUGUCUGUCUGUCUGUAUCUGUCUGUCUGUCUGUGUCUGUCUGUCUGUCUGUGCCUGUAUCUGUCUGUCUGUCUGUGUCUGUAUGUCUGUGUCUGUUUGUAUCUGUCUGUGACUGUAUCUGUCUGUCUGUCUGUAUGUGACUGACUGUCUGCCUGUCUGUGUAUCGGUCUGUGUCUGUCUGUCUGUGUGUGUCUGUCUGUGGCAUCAAUACAUCUGUAGAAGUGUCUAAUAUUGUGAUUUAUCAUUUUACAUAACAAAACAUAUGGACAGCGAGUGGUUAACUUCACAUGAGCAGCAGUGACCCCAGCGAACAGAACUGACCACAAACAUCUUCAGAUUUGUGCAGAGGAGGAAGCUGAAGCCUCCACUCCUCCAGGACACAGCAUCACCUGAGACACAGAAGAGAGAGCAGAGUUAAUCCUGUCUCCUGUUGAGAAACCUUUAUCAGAAAAUCUAUCCUGCUUUUCUAAGUCUUCAUUAAAUUCUGCUGUUUCACUGAUUCCCUCCCCUGCUCACUCCACCUGUGUACCUGUUGCUUCCUGUGUGUGGCUGCUUCCUUUUACAGGCAUUAGAGGUGGGUGUGACCAAGGGUUGUCAGCACCUGGGCUCAUCAGCAAACCUGGCACACCUGGGCCCUGUGUGCUGGUGCUGUUAAAACCCUGAUGGAGCUCAGUUCUUUCUCUCUCUCCUCCUGGGGGCACCUGUUUGGUUUGUGUUGUUUGCUCCACCAUUAAACAUUGCUUUUACACACUUCUUUACUCAUGCACUCACUUACACUGCUGGUCCUACAGAUUACACAUGCCAUUGUUAGUUUAGGUUGUUUUUUUAAAUAAAACAUUUGUUAAUUGGCUUCUUUGUGUGCAUCUCCCUCUUUUUAUCAUGGCCGAGCGGCCCGGUUUGUGACAAGUGGGGGCUCGUCCAGGCAGAUUUGAUCUGUUUGUGGCUGGAUGUCUAGUGAUGGGUACAUUUGGCACAAUUUGUAUUUGGGAGAUGCAUUUUUGGUAGGAAGUUGAGUUGGUUGUUAGUUGCUGUUUCAGUCUGGGGAGUUCAAUCCAGGCAUGCAGGUGGGAACUAUCACCAGUGAUUGUAUGGGCCACUAGUGGGAUGAUUUUUGGAUUUGUGGAGUUUCCCUUGAUAGGCAUAUCAAUGUGGAGCCUAACCGAGCUACUGGUUUGAGUGAUUAAAUCUCCCACCGCUAAACUGCAUGAAGACUAGGGGUCAGUGAGAGACUAGUUUUGGAUAGGCAGGCUAGGUAGAGGGGGACUUCCACAUUAUUUUGGGGUGACACUAUUAUUGUCUAGUGGAUAUGGGGAACACUGGUUGUUAGUUCUGUUGUCUUUUUCUGUUCCUGCUGAUCAUACUGGAAAAAGCAGUAUGAUCACCGGUCUGAGUUGCGUGAGUUUAGUACUGGUGAUCAGGUAUUGGCUCUUUGUCCAUUGGUGAGUUCACCCUUCCAAGAAAAGUUUUCUGAUCUUUAUAUGGUGGUUAAAAGCAUCUCAGACCAUAAUUAUUUGGCUUCAACUCCUGGUUGUAGGAAGCCUGUGAAAUUAUUCCAUGUUAAUCUGCUAAAACCCUACUAUGCUCACACUUCUAGUGCUUCUGAUGCUGCCCAGCAAGGAUCAGGGGUGUGUCCUGUUUUGGUGGUUGGUUCAGCAGGAGUGGUUGCAGGUGAGGGGAUAGACGAGGCUUUUCUGGAGCCUCAUGAAGGGUUAUCUGGUCGGCUGAAAAAUUCAGACCUUCAUGAACUUGAAAGGCUUGUUUAGCCAUUUGCCAGAAGCACAGGCUGUAGAAAUUGAGGAGCUUAUUUUGAAGUAUCCAGGGUUGUUUGGUGAUGUGCCUUCCUGCACAGAUUGGGUGGAGCAUGACAUAGAUGUUGAUGAAGCACAGCCUAUCCGUCAGCAUUUUUAGUUUCUCCAGAGAAGCGCAUGUAUUUAGAUGCUGAGGUAGUGUAAAUGGUCAGCAAUGGUAUUGCAGAGCCAUCUUCAUCAAGCUGGGCUUCUCCAUGUCUGUUAGUACAGAAAAGUGACAAAACACCCAGGUUCUGUUCUGAUUUUCGAGAGGUCAACAAGGUGACGAAACCAGACUCCUUUCUGUUACCUCGCAUGGAGGAUUGUGUAGACCAGAUUGGUGCUACGAAAUAUGUCAGCAAAUUUGAUCUGCUGAAAGGUUACUGGCAGGUGCCUUUAUCCCAAAGAGCACAGGAAGUGCCUGCCUUUAUCACUCCAUUCGGGUUGUACUCCUAUAAAGUGAUGCCAUUUGGGUUAAGAAAUGCACCGGCCACUUUCCAGCGCCCGAAGAAUCAUGUGGUGGCUGGGCUGGCUGGCUGCACGGUUUAUUUAGAUGAUUUAGUAGUCUAAAGUGAUUCUUGGUUUUUCUCACAUGCAGAAGGUUAGAGCAUUGUUUGACCGAUUGGUAGAGGCGAAGCUCACAGUAAAUCUUGCAAAGUGCAAGUUCGCUUGGGCAACAGUGACUUACUUGGGUCAGGUGGUUGGACAGGGGCAGGUGGCUUGUGUGCAUGCCAAGGUGUUGGCAGUUGAGCAGUUUCUGCAGCCUACCAAUAAAAAGCAGCUCACGAGAUUUCUUGGGAUUGUGGGGUAUUAUUGUUGUUUUUGUCGGAAUUUUUCAACAGGGUUAGGGUUAGGUUAGGGUUAGGUUAACCCUAACCUAACCCUAAAAUAUAGGAACCCUUAAAAAAUUUUAAAUUAUAUUAAAUAAAAAAAUUUAAUUUUUAACUUAUAAUUUAAUGAUAUAUUUUAUCUAUUAAUGGCACUUAACCUUUUCUGUUAAACGACAACCCUCUCCACCUGUGUACCUGUUGCUUCCUGUGUGUGGGUGUGACCAAGGGUUGUCAGUACCUGGGCUCAUCAGCAAACCUGGCACCUGGGCCCUGGGGUUUGUGACAGUCGUUAAGUCACUGCAACAUAAUGAUAUAGUUGCAGACGUUAGUUGCUUCCUCUGUUACCUCCUCCCCCCCUCCAUCCCUCGUUCUGUUCCUCCCUCCUCCCUCCCUCCUCUCUGUCAUUGUCUCCCCACAGACCUCAGACUCGCCUGAGCUCCCCUCCGCUGAAUAGAGUCAUUGUCUCCUAGUAUGUGUUCAUGAGAACAGUAGAAUUGGAUCACGUCUGUGUGAUGGACCAUGUUGCGUUGCUGCUGUUGUGUGUUGCUCCGGUAGCUCGGUGCUACAGUUCGGGUCAGGUUGUGGACAGCUGUGAGGACAUGAGACCCCACCACUCUGGGCUGAGCCCACAGACGGUACCAGCGCCCUUCAGCGUCACUGCAGAGCACAGCAGCUACAAACCUGGAGAGCAGGUCACAGUCCAGCUCCAGGCUCUGGGCUCCACACCAUUCACUGGUUUCCUGUUACAGGCUCGAGAGGUAGGGGGCCAGUCCCCUGUGGGCUCCUUCACCCUGACUUCAGGGGCCACUCAGCUGCUCACCUGCAGCCAGAGACCUAACUCAGCUGUAUCUCACAGGUCAGGGUCUGUGAAGACCUCCAUCCAAGUGACCUGGAGUCCAGAAUCUACAACAGACAGGAAGCCUGUUCAUUUCCAUGCUUCCUUUGCGCAGAACUUCAGGACCUUCUGGGUCAGCGUUACUAGUCCAACCGUGACCUUCAUUAAUAACAGUACUGGAGGAUCUGAGACCCCCCCCCCUUCACCAACAACGACCAGUCCCCUCCCUAAUACCACAAUACUUCAACCUGCAGAACCAGCUGAGAAAAUCUCCAGAGCGGACUGUGGUGUGACCAAGGUGUGUUUCAGUCAGCCUUCAGACUGUGACCCUGCAGUCAGCGCUGACUGUUACUUCAUGUCAGCCAUGAUGUUGUCUCCCAGUGAUGCAGCCGUCCGCUAUGAGCUGACAGGGCCGUCCGAUGGAUACGUCUCGUUCGGAUUCUCAGAUGAUCAGAUGAUGGGAAACGAUGACAUCUAUGUCUGUGGUGUUGGCAGUGAUGGUCUGGUGAGGUUACAGCGCGUCUUCUCUACAGGUCGAACCACUCCACAAGCUGUUCCUCUGGGGAACGUCUCCGAGCUCACAGUGUCAGCAGAGGACAGAGUGAUCAGCUGCUGCUUCACCUCCAUGAACUCCAUCUCCACUCAGAGGAGCACCGGCCUCAAAAACUCCUACUACCUCCUGUUUGCUCAUGGGCCCAGCAGCAGAGGUCAGAUCCAGUUCCACACAGCUACCUUCAUCAGCACUGACAAGGUCCACAUCUCCAGACCUCAGACCAUCAGAGAAGCUGGACAGCCUCCGAUCAUCAGAGCCCAUGGAGCUCUGAUGCUGACAGCCUGGAUGACCGCAGGGUCUCUGGGGAUGAUGGUAGCCAGGUAUCUGAGGGGCAUGGCCAAAGGACAGACGCUGUGGGGCAAAGACGUCUGGUUUUUGGUCCAUGUCGUAGUGAUGAGUGUGACUACAGCAGCCACAGUCAUCGCCUUCAUCCUCCCCUUCUCACAUGUCCAGACCUGGUCUGAAGGAGCUCAUCCAGUGUUGGGCUGCCUGGUGAUGAGCUUCUCUUUCUUCCAGCCCAUCCUGGCUCUGCUGCGCUGUGGACCUCAGCACCCACUGAGGUACCUGUUCUACUGGUCUCAUGUUCUGAACGCUCUGGUCAUCAAAGCUUUAGCUGUGGCAGCCAUAUUUACAGGCCUGAAGUUGAUUGACAGCAGUCCGGACCAAUGGCUGAUGAAGGUGAUGGGUGGUUUUGUCAGCUGGGAGGUUUUGUUCUUCAUCCUGAUGGAAGUUCAUGUAAAGUGGAAGGUUAACAGAGCGGAUUCUUUGGAAUCGAACAUGAUCACAGCUGAUCUCCUGCUGGUGGCGCUGUUCCUCCUGGGGAACAUCAGCUUUCUGGUGGCUCUGCUGGUGGGAAUUGGGACGUCAUGAAUGAUGUGGGAGCAAAAACAACCCACUGAAACGAACAUAUUGAUUUAAUGUUUAACUUGUAGACUCUACCUCAAUAAAUCUAAUGAAUUUGUUUUCUCUAAUUUGUACCCUGUGAACAUAAUUAAUUCAGUUUAUAUGUAACCGUACAUGUAUGUUUGAAUGUGGACAAUGAUGAUCAGAUAUGAUAAGCAACUCUUAUUUUAACAGACUGUAUUAACAUGCUGUCUGCUGUGUUUCUCCUUAGUUCAUAGAGCGUAUAAUGUCAGAUAUCAAGGACCGAUUCCCUUUAAAUAAAUAAAUAUA